AUGAGGCUAAACCCCCUCAAGUGCGCCUUCGCCAUAGAGGCCGGCAAGUUCCUAGGAUUUAUGAUAACUCAGAGAGGGGUAGAAGCUAACCCGGAGAAAUGCCAGGCAAUACUUCAGAUGAAGAGCCCGGGCUGUAUCAAGGACGUCCAGAGGUUGGCAGGGCGAUUGACAUCACUUUCCCGGUUUCUCGGAGCCUCGGCGGCCAAGGCCCUGCCAUUUUUCAACCUCAUGAAGAAAGGGAUGGCGUUUGAGUGGACGCCCGCGUGCGAAGAGGCCUUUCAACACUUCAAGGAAAUCCUGGCGGCGCCUCCCGUUCUCGGGAAACCAAGGGACGGGGAACCACUAUAUCUAUACCUCGCUAUAACAAGCGAAGCCCUGGCCGCAGUGCUGAUACGGGAGGACGGGAAAGCCCAACAACCAGUCUACUUCAUAAGCAGGGCCCUACAAGGAGCAGAAUUAAGAUAUAGCAAGUUGGAAAAGCUAGCCUUGGCACUCCUAACUUCCUCAAGAAGGUUAAAACAAUACUUCCAAAGUCACCAAGUGGUCGUCAGAACGGACCAGGGGAUCCGGCAAGUUCUCCAAAAACCCGACUUAGCGGGAAGAAUGAUGACUUGGUCUAUCGAACUCUCUCAAUAUGACGUACGGUACGAACCCCGGCAAGCCAUCAAGGCGCAGGCCAUGGCGGAUUUCUUGGUUGAAGUAACGGGAGAUCCAGGCGAAGACAUGGGUACACGGUGGAAGCUCCAUGUGGACGGAGCCUCCAACCAGACCUUCGGAGGUGCUGGGAUCAUCCUGGAAAGCCCGAUUGGGGUUGUGUACGAACAGUCGAUUAGAUUCGAAUUUCCCAUCUCAAACAACCAAGUAGAAUAUGAAGCCCUCAUAGGAGGCUUGACCCUAGCGACGGAGGUCGGCGCAAGAAGACUGGAAGUAUGUAGCGAUUCCCAAGUCGUCACUUCCCAAGUAAACGGCAGCUACCAAGCCAAGGACCCCUCGUUGCAGAAGUACUUGGAAAAGGUUAAAAGCUUGAGCCAAAAGUUCGAAGAAGUCACGGUCCAGCAUGUGCCCAGAGAAAGGAACACACGGGCAGACCUCCUAUCAAAAUUGGCCAGCACGAAACCAGGGGAGGGGAACCGGUCUCUCAUCCAAGGCAUAACAAGGGAACCGGCAAUUGCACUACCCAUAACAACCCUAAGUUCUUCAUGGCUAGACCCCAUCACCAACUUCCUAGAACACGGCCAAAUCCCCGGUGACGAAAAGGAUGCGGCGAAGUUAAGGAGGGAAGCGGCCAAAUAUGCCGUCAUCCAAGGGCAGCUGUUCAAAAAAGGGCUUAACCAGCCCCUGCUGAAGUGCCUACACCCCGACCAAACGGACUACGUCCUCAGGGAAGUCCAUGAGGGUUGCUGUGGGCACCAUAUUGGAGGCAAAGCCCUAGUGAUAACGCGAUUCGGGAUACCGGAAGUCAUCAUCUCGGACAACGGCACGCAAUUUACUGACAAAAAGUUCACGGAAUUCCUCAAUGGCCUGGGUAUAAGGCAAAGGUUCUCUUCGGUAGAACACCCUCGGACAAACGGACAGGUGGAGUCCGCCAACAAGGUUAUCCUUUCAGGGCUAAAAAAGAGGUUGGACAAUAAAAAGGGUGCUUGGGCCGAUGAAUUAGCAGCGGUUCUCUGGUCCUACCGAACAACCGCACAGUCAUCUACUAAAGAAACUCCUUUCCGGCUGACGUACGGUGUGGACGUGGUAAUACCCGUGGAGAUCGGGGAGCCAAGCCCGCGGUUGCUCCUAAAGGGAGUGGAGGAAACCGUAGAAAAGGACCUGAUAGAUGAAGCCAGGGAAAUGGCCCAUUUGACAGAAACGGCGCUAAAACAGAGAGUGGCUCUACGCUACAACGCCAAAGUGCUCAAGAGGGAAUUCGAGCCAAACGACCUCGUCCUGAGACGAAAUGAUAUCGGCCUACCGACCCCUGGAGAAGGCAAGCUAGCGGCCAACUGGGAAGGCCCGUAUAGGAUCAAGAAAGCGAUGGGAAAAGGAGCCUUUAAGUUAGAAAGGCUCGAUGGCAAGGAGGUCCCGAGGACAUGGAACGCGGACAACCUCAGAAGAUUCUACUCCUAG